AUGGGCACUUCCAGUUGCAGCGACAGCAGUUCCUGUUGUAGUGGGAGUUCGCGAAAUUUAUCCCAUUCUUCAAGUGAAGGAUUAUCUGAUUCGGAUAAAUCUGUUCUUUCCUCUGACGGAUCCUCGACACUUUCACAAGAAUUUACCUCUUCAGAUGAUGAGGAGUGGAGCGAAUCUACAGAAUCGUCUUUGGAAGAUGCAGGGGAUGAUGAAAAGGAAUUUAAAGUCAAUGUUGCAGAGAUAGAGCAAGAUUUUAAUCCAGAAGCCGAGGUUUCUCCAUUUGACCCGGUUGAUGCCUCCAAUAUUCUUCCCCAUAACAGGAAGAGACGCCUCAUACCACGGGAGCAACAAAAUAAAUAA